AUGUCCGAAUCUCAUGGUCGACGAAGCCAGACUCCCCGGGACCGUCAUGGCGAAGCAUCCUCUUCGACCCCUCACCGUCCAACUUCCCGCCUCACCCUUCCCCCAUUGCCACAGAUGAGAUAUCCAGGGGAUGGUCUCGACUAUCGGCGGCCGGUCAUGUCGAGCCCUCAGCCAACGGAAGAUGUGAUAGAUUUGACAAAUGAGCCUGAUUCACCCCCUUCUCGGCGGUCUCGCCACCAAGGCCCUGCACGACCAGGGGGGAGCUCCAGGCCUCCUCGUUUCGGGAGGAAUAUCAUGGCAGAUGUCGUAGAUCUGGAGGAAGAGACUGAACCUUCUCCCCAAGGAGAUCCUCCGAGUAGCCCUGAGGUGCAGUUUGUGAGAGCUACAGUGCGGCCGCAACCGCCACCUAGAGCCAGUUCGGGUUUCAUGGGUCGUUCGAAUCUUUUCGAUAUCAUGCGAUUACGAUCGUCUCAAUUACCGUCAUUUAACGCACUGUCUCGAGAGGAAGCAUUUCGUCAUGAGGUUGCGCUACGAGCACGGAAUCUAGCUCGGCCGGUACCGCACGGAGUUGAGACAUUCUGGAUAGGAGAUGCACCAAAUGAAGGAAUCGAUCUUACAGUGGAUCUAGAUGUGGAUGUUCCACUGGGUAUGGACUAUCAUCUAGCAGGGUUUACGGUGGAAAAUCCGUCGCAACCAGUGUCUUCUUACAAGCCUCCUACUCCGCCCCCAGAAGGUUUCACGAGGUCGGCACAAGAGGACGAAAUGGUGGUCUGCCCCAACUGUGGUGAUGAGCUGGGCACUGGUGACGAGACCAAACAACAAAUUUGGGUGGCAAAGCCCUGUGGACAUGUUUACUGCGGUACAUGCGCCAAAUAUCGGUCGUUAUCUAAAUCUAAGAAGGCUCUGCAAUCGUCCCAUACAAAGACGAAACCAUUUUCGAAAUGCCAGGUCGAGGACUGCGGCAAGCCCGUUAGCGCGUCCAAGGCUAUGUUCCAAAUCUACAUGUGA